AAAUCCUCAUCUGAACGCCCGUGGGUAGGAAAAGCGGCGAAAAAAAGGGAGAGAGCAAAAACGCGGGUCUGUAAAUCCUCCACGGUCUGUAUCAUUAUCGUUCGUUGAAUCUCUCCGUGUUCGGAGAGCACAAUGGCCGAUCUUGCGCGAACCUCAUGGUACGCGCGUCACGUAAAAUAGUUUUGUGUAUUCUAUUUAUAAUAAUGCCAAAUAUUUUACGACGCGAUAAAUGUGUCGGGUGAUCAGUGAUUGUGCCUGAUGUACACAACAGAUAAACUUCCCGCAGUAUAAACCAAACAAAGUCCUCCUUCGCAUUCACCUGCUGCUCUCGCACGGGGUACCCUGGACCUUUUGAGCUCACCCGAAGAACGCGAUCCGCAAGUUUGGUUAGGUGCCACAUAUUGACCAACCACAACCCAUUUAUUCCAGCAAUAGUAUAAACCCCCUAAAUAUUCCAAUACCAACGACCAUCUCUUCCGAAGCCAACUAAUUUCAAUGAGCUGUGUGUGAUUUGACGCAACGUUGAGCAAAAUUCUGAUAGCCAAUGAAAUGGCGGAACAAGAGCAGCAUGCGCCAGGCUGCAAGCGAAUGUCUUUGGAUAAAAUAAUUGAAUCUAUGACGGCAGAUUUGGAAAAUUCUGCAGGACAAUAUGUCCAGUUUGGCGUAACUCCUCCUUCGCAAACUACUGUACAACCACCACACGGUUGGGGUGAUUACACACCUGGACAAGCUCGACACUAUUUGACUAACCAGCCUCCGCUGUCUGCGCAACCUGGUAGGCAGCCAAUGAAUCCUAUUCCAUCGCCAAUCUACAUGCCAGAGAUACCUCCGUAUGAUCCACCGUCGCCUGACCCCAUGUAUUUUCCACCACAACCGGUUAAUCAUUUGGGUUUGAAUGAGAAUAAUAAUUUGGUCGGAACGAUUGACGUCGGUGGUGGGAAUUACAUUAAUGUGAUUUAUAGAAACCCCACGCAAAUAAUGGCUGAACAACGUCAAUUGAAUACCUUGACGUCUUACAAUUCUCAUAAUGCGGAUCGCGAAUAUGGCCUGUUUGGUGACCAACGGCAAAUGCCGAUAUCUCCUAACUUGACUCCGCAAAGCUCUAACGGGAAACAAUUGAUCGAUAACUUGGUUGGAAAUUGGGUGCCAAAUCAAUCUGGUACUUACAGUCCUUUUGGCGGCUCGCCAAAUGUUACACCAGUACCGCAAAGCACGCCAGAGAUUAGAGAAACUGAAGAAUUACCUAGAAACUUACAGGAUAUUCAUCACAAAAAGCCGAGAAUGGUGGCAGAGGUAAGGCCAAUGCGACCCUCCUAUUCUGAUGUUUUGACCAAAUCUGCACCAACUCCUCCACCCCCGUUGACUCCGCCAGCUACUAAGCCAAAAAUUGAAACUACUGUGAAAAAGAAUUCAAUUAAAAGUGCAAAGAACAAAACCAAGCCAGCUGUGUUAAAGAGACAAAAUUCUUCGGGUAGCGAAGACCAUAACUCACCUAAAAUCCAAGUUCCCAAAAAAGUUUUAGAGAAGAAUAAUUCAAAUUUACCUAGACGCUGGGUGUCACUAGAUAAUCUGGGUUCACAAACAGAAUCUCACGAAUUGAACACGUUUGACAGAUCUGAAAAUAUCGAGAAAAAGAAAAGUUCCAAGAUCUUUAAGAAAGGUGAUAAAAAUGAGACAUUGAAUAAUACAAAAAUACAGAACGGUAGCUCAAAAUGUGCUCCAAAUAUUCAAAAACGUCCGAUACAAAUAAAUAAUAAUUUGACAACAAUAAAUUUUUCAAGUCAAACUGUUUCGCUCGAUAAAAUAGAGAAAAAUCAACAAGCUAAUAACAAAUCUGCAAAAGAUGAUAAGAAAAUUACUAAGGAAAAAUCCAUCAAAAGAUCCCAAGCAGAGAAAACUCAGCAGAUCAAAAAAGGGUACAGAAAUAGGAAGAGAGAAAGCAGAGAAUCACCGGUCAAAGAUUUGUGCAGGAACUUGAAUAAGCACGUUUUUCGAUGGAGCAAAAUUGGAUUGAAAAUUUUUUACUGGCUAUUUCAUUUAAUCUCCGAUGUUGUCAGCAUGAGCGCAAACCUAGUUGCCCAAUUGGGAAAGUGUGCUUGGUUUUACAUGCUUAUAUAUCUGAAAUACUCGUGGGUCUAUGUAGCUGGCACAUUCUCAAAAGUAAAGUUCUUAAAUGCAAUUGGAAAACGAUUAGACAGCUGGAUUGGAUGGAGUAGAUUUGCGUUUUGGGACAAAUUAAAAUCCAAAAAGAAAGAGGAGCAAGAAGAGAACACUAAUUGGAUUCCUGGUGGGUUAGAAGCAAACAUUGCAUUGCCUAGUACUGGCGAAGAAGCUAUGAAGAGAUUACUGGCUUGCAAAGGGAAAGACCCGUACAGUAUAUUAGGUGUCACACCAACCUGCUUUGAUGAUGACAUUAAAAAAUAUUACAAGAGACAAGCUUUUCUAGUUCAUCCUGAUAAAAAUAACCAGCCAGGGGCAGAGGAAGCAUUUAAAAUUUUAGUUCAUGCUUUCGACAUCAUUGGUGAACCGGAACGUAGACAGGCAUUUGAUCAAACUAGACAAGUUGAAGCAGCCUGGGGUGAGCUGAGCGAUCUACUAUCUCAGUUGCAUCGAAAAAUGGAACAGGCUGCAAACACAAUAAGAUGUACAAACUGUGGUCAUAGGCAUAAACGCAUUCCAACACAUCGGCCAUGUUAUGCUGCUCGAUUCUGUGCUCAGUGCAAAAUACGGCACAGUGCAAAGGAGGGAGAUAUUUGGGCAGAGUCUCGGAUAAUGGGAUUUUUAUGGAAUUAUUAUGCCUGUAUGGAAGGUGCGGUAUAUGAUGUUACAGAGUGGGCUGCUUGUCAGGCUGGAAACUUGAAACAUCUGAGAGCCAAUACACAUAGCGUUCAGUACAGAAUUGUUUUAGGGCAAAGACCUCCGCCGCAAACAACUAAUGGAGGUAAAAAGCGUCAGCAAGUGGAUCCUAACACAAGCGAGGCAGAUUUCGAAGAUUUUCUGAAUAAUUUAUACAAUCACAGCAAAUCAGGGAGUGCAUCGGCAACCGGAGAUCCAAAGAGUGAUAAUCGUCGACGUAAAACUAAACGCAAGAAGUGAACCUGAGUGAUAAGAGAUUUUUUGUCUUCUAGAAAUGCAUCCUGUGUAACUGCUGGUUAAUAUACAUACAUAAAUGUACACGAACAAUCUCACACUUUAUUCCCUGAACUCUGGGUUGUAUUUACAGAGAAAAAAUAUUAUCCCACAAUUUUAUAAUCAUUUAAUGUUGAUUUUUUCCAUUUUUUUAAAAUCGUUUCUCGGAAAUGACUAAUUUUAUUCCACUUUUACUCAACCACUGCAUCUUGUUUCUACAGUGAAUUAAUGACGAAUUUAUUAUCAAUCAACAAUAAUCAUACAUUGAGUAAAUACUUUGUACCAAUGUGUGUGGGUGAUUAAAACGAGCCAAUCUUAGAAUUAGUAGUGAUCUGUAAUAGAAUACAGAAUUAAAUAUGUACUACUAAAAAGUUUGGCUCGUCAACUCUGCCCAAUACAGGUAAUGUUUCAACUGAAUGCUAACAAAUGUUGAAAAUCAAAGUUGUAAAACCAUGCGGCUGUGUUGGAAUAGUACCGGCAUGAAGUGAUCACAUACUGAAUUAACAAUGAAACAUGAUACAAAAUAGUAAUAGGACAUCCCUAAUUUUACUUAACAUCUAUGGAUUUGAUCAGUUGUCUAAUGUUUGUUAAAUACAUGAGGCAAUGAUAAAUUCAGAAAGUUGAAUGAAAUUGAGAUUCGAAAACAGUAUAAAUAGAAAGUGUAAUUUUGUUUGAUAAUUCAAAACGAAAUUGCAUUAGUAGAAAUUGAAAAUACAUUGAUAAUUAAAAUUAUGUGGAAAAAUGCUUGUGGAAUAUAAAGUGUUGAGAAGCUAUUUGCAAUACUCAUUGAACACGAUAUAACAUCAGGUGCUAGGAAAAAAAACUGAGGACUGUGUAAGUGAUUUUUGUUGAAACAUCAUUCAUGCAUACCGAUGUCCUGGCUAUUAGAAUCUUUCAGUGCAUUAGAACAUAUUU